UUGGUGUCUCUCCAGAGGUCCGGCUGCUCACCAUGAAGCUUCUCCCCCAGACGCUGUGUCUCUGCCUGGCCCUGGCAUUGGGUCUUGCUGCCCCUCCACUAAACAUGGAGGAUGUGAUGAUGGCAGAUCACCAUGGAGACCAUGGCCAUGAGGCCCAAGAUGAUACUAAACCAAAUCGCUGUGAGGGCAUCGAGUUUGAUGCCAUCACCCCAAAUGAGAAAGGAGAGCUACACUUCUUCAAGGAUGGCUACAUGUGGAAAAACUUCUAUGGAGAUCCAGAGUUGGUGAAAUCCACAUACAGGGAGGUGGCUGAGCAUCAGGGUCGUGUCGAUGCGGCCAUCCGCAUGCAGACCUAUCACAACGAUCAAAGUCUUAACGACCGCACACUCCUUUUCUUGGGAGACAAAGUCUUCAGCUAUUACUACGGGGCUCUGGAAAAGGGCUUUCCCAAAAAAAUCUCAGAGGUGUUCCCCGGGGUGCCAGGUGAUCUGGACGCAGCUGUGGAGUGCCCCUCUGGAGGAUGCCCAACAGACUCCGCUCUUUUCUUUAAAGGCAAUCAGGUAUACGUCUAUGACUCCAGGAGCAUGACGUUGACAACCAAGAAGUGGCCCCACCUGCCCAAAUGCACCUCGGCUGCCCGCUGGCAAUUCAACUACUACUGCUUCCACGGGCACUCCUUCACACGCUUCCACCCCGUCACUGGAGAAGUGACGGGCAACUACCCAAUGGAUGCUCGCAGAUACUUCAUGCGCUGUAAGGCCUCUGACUGGGAAGGCACAGGUGGUGAGCCAUCACCUAGCAUCUGCAAGAAUACCAAUUUGGAUGCUGUCACCCAGGAUUAUCUUGGAAGGACUUAUGUAUUCAAAGGUAGUCUUUACAUGAGGCUGGACAACCCAGAAGAUGGCUGGAGGUCCUUCAACAUCAGUGACACCUGGAAGGAAGUGAGAGGAGAUGCGGAAGCCGUCUUCUCUUACGAGGAUAAAAUGUACUUCAUCAGGGGAGACACGGCAUACCUUUAUACAUCAGGCCCUGCAAUAGGCCCAGGAUACACCCUGCAUGAAAGAUUCCCAAGGAGCCUAGUGGACGAGCUGGACAUCGACGACCCUUUGGAUGCAGCUUUUAGCUGUGACGGUGUGAUGACAACUAUUAUCAAAGGAAACCGGAUUUAUAACGUUGAUGUGACGUUUAAUCCCAUGGAAUCAAUGCUCAGCACUGACUAUUUGCUGCCUUUCCCAAAGGUGGACGCGGCCAUUUGUGGUCCCGAAGGGCUCAAGAUCUUCAUAGGGGAGGACUUCUACCAGUAUCUGAGUCCCUCCCAGAUCGGCCUGAAGAGAAUAUGCCCAGUACAAUACGACUUGCUCCCGACCGAAUUCCUGAGCUGCCAAAUACUGCAACUGAUGUCCGUAGUUGAACCCCCUGAGUACGUUGAUUUUAUGGAGAUGGAUUCUAUGGAUGUCAGUACUAAGCCAGAACGAUGUGAGGGCAUUGAGUUUGAUGCCAUUUCCACUACUGAGAAUGGAGAUAUGCACUUCUUCAAGGAUCACUAUGUAUGGAAAAACUUCUAUGGAGAUCCAGAGUUCAUGAACUCCACAUACAAGGAGGUGUCCGAGCACCAGCCCCUGGGUCACGUUGAUGCGGCCCUCCGCAUGCACUACCCCGACAGCGCAGAGCAUCACGACCACAUGUUCCUAUUCCUGGGAGAUAAAGUGUUCAGCUAUUACCAGGGGGCUCUGGAGAAGGGCUUCCCCAAAGACAUCUCUGAGGUAUUCCCCGGGGUGCCCAGCGACCUGGACGCAGCGGUGGAGUGCCCCAAAGGAGAAUGUGUGACCGACUCCGCUCUCUUUUUCAAGGGCAAGCAGGUGUACCACUUCGACAUCAGGACCAAGACGGUGACAACCAAGGUGUGGUCCCACCUGCCAAAAUGCACCUCUGCCGCCCGCUGGUCUGAGCACUACUACUGUUUCAAUGGGCAUGACUUCACCCGCUUCCACCCCGUCACUGGAGCAGUGACGGGAAACUACCCAAUGGAGACCCGCAAAUACUUCAUGCGCUGUAAUGCCACUUAUAUUGACUGGGAAGUCCCUGAAGGUGGUGAGGCAUCUCUUGAGAUGUGCAACAAUACCCAAGUGGAUGCCAUCACCAGGGAUUAUCUCGGAAGGACUUAUGCAUUUAAAGGUAAUCUUUACAUGAGGCUGGAAAGUACAGACGGGGGCUGGCAUGCCUACCCCAUCAGUAACACCUGGAAGGAAGUGAGAGGAGAUGUGGACGCCGUCUUCACUUACGGGGAUAAAAUGUUCUUCAUCAAGGGUGACAAGGUGUACGUUUAUAAGUCAGGCCCAGCAUCAGGCCCAGGCUACACUCUGCUUGAAGGGUACCCAAAGAGCCUGAAGGAGGAACUUGGCAUCAAGGGCCCUGUAGAUGCAGCUCUUAACUGUAACGCAGCUGCGACCAUAUUCAAAGGAACUCAAAUGUAUCAGGUUGAUCUGAUGUCUACUCCCAGGUCGGCAGUGAAAGAUGUGUUACCUUUCCCCAAGGUGGACGCUGCUGUUUGUGGUCCCAAAGGCAAGAUGGUCUUCAUAGAGGAGGAUAAGUUCACGUAUCAGGGAUACCCAAGAGCACAGAAAAUUGCGAGUGAAUUUCUGGGCUGUCGACAAUAGGUGGCACUAAAAUCACACACAGGUGGAGAGAGAGAGGGAGAGAGAAAGAGAGAAAGAGAGAGAGAGAGAGAGAGAGAGAGA